AUGCCUGAUGCAAUCUUGGACGAUAUCUCCCAUCGACGGUACAAUCCAUUGAGGGGCAGUUGGAUUCUGGUUUCUCCACACCGGACGAAGAGACCUUGGCAAGGUCAGCAGGAGCCAGCUAAGCAGACUGAGCUGCCCGACUAUGAUCCAUCUUGCUACCUUUGCCCGCGAAAUAAACGCGCUGCUGGGGACGAAAAUCCUGACUACGAGAGCACCUUCGUAUUCGUGAAUGACUAUAGCGCUGUCAAGGAGGAGCAAGCUCCAUAUCAAUCUGAAGAUCAGGACGGAGGUCUCACAAAUCGACUUCUACGCGCCGAAUCUGUGACUGGAAAAUGUUAUGUACUAACGUUCAACCGUGCACACAAUCUCACCCUGGCAGAUUUGUCCGCAGCUCAAAUUCAUCCCAUCGUUCAGACGUGGACACAGAUAUACACAGCACAUCUAUCACCGGAGUCUGCAUUAUCACAAGUGGCCCAAGCCACUACUAGAAUGCCUCGUGGACCAAAUGUCAGUAUCACCGCCCCAAAUGCUCAGUAUCGCUACAUGCAGAUCUUCGAAAACAAGGGACCUGCCAUGGGUUGCUCAAAUCCCCAUCCCCAUGGCCAGAUAUGGACAACCACCGGCAUGCCUGAAGAGCCGGGUCUGGAACUGGAGCAGCUCAAGAAAUAUCGACGAGAGCAGGGCGGUUCCCAUAUGUUGGAGGAUUACGCUCUACUCGAAUCGAUGAAGAAAGAGCGUAUUGUGUUCGAAAAUGGUUCAUUUCUGGUACUCUGCCCAUGGUGGGCUGUUUGGCCCUUCGAGACCAUGAUCCUCAGCAAGCAACAUAAGCGUGCAUUGGUAGAUUUCAACGAGCAGGAGCAGAUGGAUCUCGCUGAAUGUAUAUCUGAGACUACAAGACGUUAUGACAACCUCUUUGAGUGUCACUUCCCGUACAGCAUGGGACUCCACCAGGCACCGUUACAAGGUACAGAAGAGGAAAUAGAGGCUAGUCACUUCCACAUACAUUUCUACCCACCCUUACUACGUAGUGCUACGGUUCGAAAGUUCCUCGUUGGUUAUGAGUUGAUGGCCGAGCCUCAACGUGAUAUCACGCCUGAACAAGCAGCAGCUCGCCUGAGGGAACAAGGGGGCCCUCUAUAUCGCAAAAACCUAUAA